UACAUAUAUACCUAUAAACCUGUGUUAGCAAAUACAUAUAUUGCUAUAUUUUAGUAUAUUAUAUUAUAGAUCAGGACGUUUGCUAAACGGUUAGCUUUUUCAAGGACGUAACCUUGGGAUACAUAUCUACAUACAUAUAUUUAUAUCAAAAGUGUUCCCUUACAAACAAUUGUUUCAAUACAUGCACUUCUGUUUGUUUACAUGGGUGUGUACAGUAAUGAAGAGAGUGGGGAGAGCGGGAACAAUUACAUGGCGCGGUACCCUACAACAAUUUUUCGCAGUUUUUUUUCUCCAACAAUUCACUACAAGCGUCCCCGGGCACCGGUUUCACUCUACAACCCUAUGUGUACAUUUGUAUUUCUACGAGGUAUUGUUUGCCUAACUAAUUUUAAAACAAACGGAAUCGGCUUAACAUGAUAAAUUCAAAGUUACAUAAGGUAAUUCUCUUUAAUAGAACUUUCCCCCGAUUGUUAUACCCCUUAUAUAAAAACAAACAAAAACAAAGUGAUAAAAUUCCUCACUCUCUUAGACUGCGUUUAGAUGAGUACGACAAAAAGGCACUCAUCGGCAAAUUCUCUUUUGAUAUCGUUCAUUGCGUUUACACAAGCGACGCGAAUCCGACAACUUGCGUCGGAUAAUUUUCUUUCAUAUCGCAGUCUCAAAUUCUUGUAUUCUUCAUAGACGCGGAACACAAGAAUAUUUUUGUUCAGCUAUUUUGUGCCAUUCGAGCAGGAGCUCCUUCGUCUUUCCUCUUCGUUCCCUCGCCCACAAAAACCGCUCUGGGCGACAAAUAGAGUUCUCGUGUAAACACAGUCUUACUCUCCAGUACCAACUACCAUCUUCAUACAUAUUUACUUAUGCAUUUAUUUACAGAAAUCGUAGGUAUGAAUACAUAUGUAUGUAUGGACCAUAUAAAGCCUUCAUUUGUUGAUGCGGCGUCAGUGCAAUGACCAGACAGUCAAUUGACCAAUGACUCUGUAGUGGAAAGAGGGUUGCGCAAGGCCUAGGGAGGUUUAUGUAUAUACAACAAGAUGGACAACUAGCAUUUGGGGUGCUUUUUUAGAAGCUAGUUUUGAUAUACAUAUAUACAUACAUACUGCAUGGGUACAGAUUGUAACCACGAGGUUUCUCGAGAGCACAUCUCGUUAUAUAUGUACAUAGUUAUAUGUACAUAUGUAGUAUGUAUGUAAAUACCCUGUAGCCAAAAGUUGUAAACUACUUGAGAAUAAGGCCGGCCCAAGCAAUUUACUGCUAUUACUAUUGUACCCUAAAUAAUAACAUAAAUAAAGAAACUAAUAAAUAAAAUAUGUGAAGAGAAUUAGCUAAAAUAGCGCCCUAAAAUUUUUGCGCCCCAGCCAAUUGCCUAAUUUGCCUAUAUGGACGGGCCGGCCUUGCUUGACAACUUAUACGAACUACAAACGCAGCUUGUAUUUUGCCUGACAGCAUUGCCACUUUAUCAUAUACUAUAAGUACUCGUACAUUUAGUAUACACAAUACUACUUGUAUAAUAUAAUAUGUAAUACUAUGUACAUAAUGUAUGCAUUUACAAAUCUAAAGAUACAGCAAGAAGACCAUACAUAUGUACAAUAUAUAUAUUUAUAUAUACGAGUAUAUGCGUAUAUGUUGAAUCUAAUCUCGAUUGAACCCCGCUUAACCUUUUGUGAAUUGUGAAUACUAUGUGGGAGAUAACGGGACUGUUACUACAUACUCGUAGUUAAUUAAGUAAGAAUUUGCUGACAAACAGAAACUGAGGCCACUGGGUCUCAGAAAUCCGUUUGAAGAUUCUGUAGUAGUUUACAUUCGAAUCAAUUUAAUAUAAGAUCAGAAUGCAGCCACGGAUACAGUUGCUAUUGUUGGUAGUUUUCGCUCUAAUCACACGGAAAACGAAGCUCGCGAACGCCAACGUGCUCUUUCGCUUUGCGCUGGAUUUUCAUGUCAAAUCGGGUGAUUCCAACGAAACCGACGCUGCUAUUGACAAAACAUUGACUUUUGAAAACAAUCAUGUGACCAUUAAAAAUAAUCUCCAUCCAGAAGAGUCGAUCGGGCGGGAAUUAACUUCGCGACCCGAUGAAAUGGCACAAUUCAGCACCACCGCUGGUCCACUGCGAACGAUGUCCGACUUCUGGAUGCAAGAACAAAAUGAUACAGACGCGACCGAAAUCGUAGAUGCCUUAACUGGACUCUACCAGGAAAUAUCACCAGUUGUAGGACGAAGUGACUUCAUAUCUUCGAAGGUGAAGCUAAUUACUCGUUACCUGAAUAUUUUGGAUGCAUCAGCAGCUGCGGCAAACGAUUCGCACCAAACCAAAUCGCACUACAAUGUCGAUCAGUUGCGAAAGUUCAUCAAAUUGGCGGACAAGUUAAAGGAGCCGCCCAUCGCUGCAGAUGACUCUCAACGCACCCUCGAUUAUAUGGUGAUGAAGCUGGCUCUGGACAAAUAUCGAAUCGCAAGCCUACAGGCGAAGAUAGAAAAACAAGUGACUGCCACUGAAAAAGCCUGGCAGCAAUAUGUCAAAACGAAACUGGUCGAAGUGGUCGUUUAAGAGGACCGGUCUUCAUUUGAGUACACAAUACGGAUACAAAGCGUACCGCUGAUCUUAAAUGAAAUAAAGUUAAUUACAUUUGGUGCAUCAUAUCUGGCUUCAGAUAAUAAUACAAAUAUACAUACACACAUACAUACACGCAUACUUGUGUUACAGCUGUGCAAAUAUAACUACUUAAAUAAAAUUACAACGAAAUUGCCAAAUA